CUCGAGAAAUCCAACCCCACUCUCACCCCUCUUAAGCCUUAAAUACACUCGCCCCCCAGCGCUCGCUCUCUCUCCCUCUCUCAUUUUCAUGUUCCCUCACAUCCAUGGCUCCUAAGCUUGCCUCCGCGGUCAUCGUCUUCCUCGCCUUCCUCUGCUGCUCUGCCCGCUCGGGCGGCAGCUCGCCGAGGUCGGCGGCAGCCCCGGGCCUCCUGCAGACCGAGUGCCUCACGGUGCCGUCCUCUCAGUUCUUGAGCUCCCUCAGAUCCACCGUCCAGGUGCUCAGGCAGGUCAUCGGCAUUGUGUCCCAGUUCGGCACCGUCUUCGGCGACUUCCGGCUCUCCAACGCCGUCUCCGACUGCCUCGACUUGCUCGACUUCUCCACCGACGAGCUGAGCUGGUCCAUCUCCGCCGCUCAGAACCCAUCUGGCAAACACAACAGCACUGGGGAUCUCAGUUCUGACUUGAGGACAUGGCUAAGCGCUGCGCUUGCAAACCAGGAGACAUGCAAAGAUGGCUUCGAGGGCACUAGUGGCAUUGUCAAGAGCGUCGUCUCCGGAAGUCUCGACCAAAUUACUUCACUAGUCACAGAGCUCCUCACCAUGGUCCACCCAUCUUCCAACUCCACCAGCGGCCGUGGCGGUGGUGGCAAAGGCCGCCCGGGGCGGAAGCUCUUCGACGACAGCCCCCGAUUUCCUCGUUGGGUGAAGCGCGAGGACCGGAAGCUGUUGCAAGCGAACGGGGUCGCGGCGGAUCUAGUGGUGGCCCAGGACGGGAGCGGCAAUUUCACCAAGGUGGAGGACGCGGUCGCGGCCGUGCCCGACUACGGGACGCGCCGGUUCGUGAUCUACGUGAAGAAGGGCGUGUAUCGGGAGAAUGUGGAGAUCAAGAAGAAGAAGUGGAAUGUCAUGAUGGUUGGCGACGGAAUGGAUGCGACUGUGAUCUCAGGUAAUCGGAGCUUCGUCGACGGUUGGACCACAUUCCGGACAGCAACAUUUGCCGUCAGCGGCCGAGGGUUCAUAGCGCGGAACAUGGCGUUCGAGAACUCCGCCGGCCCGCAGAAGCACCAGGCCGUCGCCCUCCGAUCGGACUCCGACCUAUCUGUCUACUACCGGUGCGCGGUCAGGGGUUACCAGGACACGCUCUACACCCACACGAUGCGUCAGUUCUACCGCGAGUGCCGCAUCAGCGGGACUGUGGACUUCAUCUUCGGGGACGCGACGGUCGUGUUCCAGAACUGCCAGAUCCUGGCCAAGAAGGGCCUCCCCCAGCAGAAGAACACCGUCACGGCCCAGGGCCGAAAGGACCCGAACCAGCCCACGGGAUUCUCGUUCCAGUUCUGCAACGUCUCAGCCGACUCGGAUUUGGCGCCCUCCGUGAAUUCGACGCCGACGUACUUAGGGAGGCCGUGGAAGUUAUACUCAAGGACCAUAUUCAUGCAGUCUUACAUGAGCAAUGCCAUCAGGCCAGAAGGAUGGCUCGAGUGGAAUGGUGAUAUUGCCCUGGACACUUUGUACUAUGGGGAGUUCACGAAUUCCGGGCCGGGCGCGGGUCUCACCGGCCGGGUCAAAUGGCCCGGGUAUCACUUGUUGAAUAACACGGCGCAAGCAAUUAACUUCACCGUGGCCCAAUUCAUUGAAGGGAACUCUUGGUUGCCGUCCACCGGUGUGGCCUACACGGCUGGCCUCAGGGUUUAAGGCCGAUCUGCAAAAUCUAUCAAUAUGAUGAUGUUAUAUUUUGUACUUAGAAAUUUGAUUCUUUUUUUGGCUAAACAUGAUUAAAGGGUAUAAACGAUGGCUUCUCGCAAA